AUGUCGUACUACUUUUACCAACCACAACAACAAAAACCACGCGAAUUGGAAACUGAUCAAGAUGAAGGACUCGAUUUGAAUUCAUUGUUGAGCUUGUUGCAUCAAGAACAAUUCAACCAACAUCAAUCACAUCCAUUUUACCAACCAAUUGCUGCACCUCAGCACUUUUAUCAGCAACAUCCAUACUAUCACCAAUCAUUCCACCAACAACCAUACCAAAGAAAACAACCAAAACAAAAGUUACCACCACCACCCCAACAACAACAACAGGCACUCCCACCAAGUGCUCGUCCUAGAGUAGUCAAGAAGCUUGAGACUGAAGACGAGUUCCAGAUUCAAAUCUAUAAGCCCUACGGCAACUUUAACAACUAUGAAGUACAGGUUAUUCGCCAACAACCACCGUUGAUCAAAAUUGUCAUUUCCGGUCCACGCCUGGAUAACUUCAAAGUGGAAAACACAUUCAAUUUGAACUAUAUUGAUAUUGACAAUAUCAACUGGAGAUGGAACAAACGCGAAAACAUCUUGAGUUUGAACAUCCCCAAGAAAUUACAUUACAUUCAUCUGAAUGUCGAGGAUGUAUUGAAUUGCUUAUUUGGGGGCCAUGUAUUUGAACCGGAAAGUAAAGAGUUGCAAUUUGGACACAAUGAUGAAGAAGAAGCAGAACAAGAAGAAGAAGAAGAAGCAGAACAAGAACAAGAAGAUGAUAGUGAGGAUGAGACUUUGGAAGAUCACGAGAAAAUUAUUAGAGAAGCAGCCAAUGCUCUCAAAAACCAAUUUGUAAUAACACCAAUCAAUGGCUCUGCCAGUGCAGAAAAGAAGGAGGAGGAGAAGAAGAAAAAGAAAAAGAAUAGAAACGAAGAAGCUCAAGCUAAAGCAAAGGCAAAGGCUGAAGAUGAAGAAGCUAAAGCUAAAGCAAAGGCAAAGGCUGAAGAAGAAGAAGCUAAAGCUAAAGCAAAGGCUAAGGCUGAAGAAGAAAAAGCUAAAGCUAAAGCUGAAGCUAUUGCUCAAAGAAAACGAGAGAUUUUGGCGCAACAAAAGGAAGCUGAAGCUAAGGUCAAGCAAGCACAACUUGAACUCGAAAGACUUGUUCAACAGCAACAUGAAUUGGAAAAACAGCACAAGUCCAAAGAAGCACAUGAGGUUGAAAGUAAAGAGCAUGUAUUGGAAAGCUUAAUUCGCGAUGAAGAAGAUAAAAUUUACGAGAAUGAGCAAGAACAGAUUAGUCAAUUUUUAAGCCAACUGAAUCAGAGUAAGACUCAGUCCAAGACCCAAAAAGAAAAUCAAAAACAACAACAACAACAACGACAAGAUUUCUUGAACCAGUUUUUUGGGUUUAAUUUGGGACCAGCAUUAAAUGAAUACCUGGCACAUGCUCCAAUUCAAAACCAAACAGCUAAACUGACCCAGCAGAAGCAUUUAAACCAGAAACAGAAUAGUCAAAGACCUACAAGACCUGUUAAGCCUGCCAAACUGGAGAAACUCAAGCUGCAUAUAAUAAACAAUAAUGAGGUGCUUAAUUCUAGUAAAUUGACAGGUACUAACUUGAAUGAAGCACUGGAGCCAAAGACACCCAUAUUAAAUGGAAAGGAAGGUAAUUCAAGCAAAUCAAAUACCAUACCAAAGAGGUAUUCUCCAAGUAUGGAAGAUGUUGAGGACGAGGAAUCCAUAAUGUGGAGAAAGAAAUUUGAUCAUUGA